AUGUCGGCGCCAGCGGCGGUUAUUUGACGUCCGUGGCGUGGUUGUUGGUCAAUGUUAUUGAAAGUGAAGCAUAAAAACUAUUGAAAAUUUUAUAAAAUACGAGUGAUGUUAUUUAAGAAGCCACUGGAAACAGUUUGAAAUUUUGCAUUGUUCUGUGUUGAAUAGAUUAUUUAUCUUGUGAAGAAUAAAAUAUCGGUCUUUUUCUUUUGACAAUUUGACAUACAAUCGUGCAUGCACUCGUUUUAUAAGCAAGUGGUUUUAAUUUAUAAACGUGUCUGCGAAUCCAGACAAAAUUUUACCCUACACCGAUGAUUAUUAAAUCAAUAACCAUGGAUGACUUCGUUAAAAUAGAAAAAAUUGGAGAAGGAACAUAUGGAGUAGUGUACAAAGGUAAAAACAAAGUCACUGGACAGUUUGUCGCUAUGAAGAAAAUUAGAUUGGAUUCUGAAGAUGAAGGCAUACCAUCUACAGCCAUCAGAGAGAUCUCCUUGCUAAAAGAAUUGGAACACCCAAACAUUGUCAAGUUAGAAGAUGUCCUGAUGGAAGAGGCCCGCCUUUACCUUAUUUUUGAGUUUCUUUCCAUGGAUCUGAAAAAAUAUAUGGAUUCCCUUGGUGCAGGCAAAUUCAUGGACCCUAGUGUAGUAAAGAGCUACCUGUACCAGAUCAACAGCGCCAUAUUGUAUUGCCAUCAACGCCGGAUUUUGCAUCGUGAUUUAAAACCACAGAACUUACUUAUAGAUAAGACUGGAAUUAUUAAGGUGGCUGACUUUGGGCUUGGCCGUGCCUUUGGUGUGCCAGUGAGAGUGUACACCCACGAAGUGGUCACACUGUGGUACAGAGCACCAGAAGUUCUGCUUGGUAGUCAAAGGUACUCUUGUCCGGUCGAUAUAUGGUCAAUUGGGUGCAUUUUUGCUGAGAUGUCAUCCAAGAAGCCGUUGUUCCAAGGAGAUUCUGAAAUUGACCAACUGUUCCGUAUAUUCAGAAUGCUGAAAACCCCGACAGAAGACAUCUGGCCGGGCGUGUCUUCUCUGCCGGACUACAAACCCACCUUCCCGAACUGGACCAGCUUCAACUUGCAUAAUCAUGUGCAAAACUUGGACGAGAGGGGCAUGGACUUGCUCCAGAAAAUGCUAGUGUACGACCCGGUGCUUCGCAUCAUCGCCAAGGAUGUCACUAAUCACCCUUACUUCGACGACCUCAGGCUGCCGGCGGGCCUGCCCGCGCGCGCUGCCCUUUGAGGAGAGGCCCGCCGCCCAUUGAAGGGAGGCCCGCCGCCCAUUAAAGGGAGGCCCGCCGCCCAUUGACCGGAGGCCUGCCACACCACACACUGUACGCUGACUAAAACCUCGUGAUCCAUACAAUGCGUCAAUUGCACAAAGAGUGAAACUCAUUGUCGACCAAUAACCUGGGAAUCGAGAAUAUCGCUGACUUUUAUUGUGUUGAAACGAAACGUGUCGACUAAGUUCGACAAUUAUUGACUUUUUUCUUCAUAAUAUAAUGUUGUUGAUGCAUGCUAGGUCUACAGUGGAUCUAGCAUGCAUUAACGAUAUAUCUUGUGAAAGACAUAUUGACGACCAACAGCCAGGCGGACUUUCAUCCCGACGCAAUGAAUGAUAUAGCUAUAUUGGACGACGUUCGUCUUUCUUUAUUCGAGUUGUCAUACAUAGGUCUACUUGCUCAUGAUGGGGACCAAGACAUGCCUCGAGAUGAUAGGAAGACAUAUGUCGACCAAUAGCUGCCAAUUUUAAAUUAUUGCUCUUUCGUUGCGUAUUGAUGGACUGUAUUUUUCUCUUCAAGAGCUGUGUCAUUGAUGUUUACUAGAUCUACAGGAGUGCAGUGCGUUUGGGUUAAAAGCCAUUGUAUGAUAUAGACUGAACGUUUGCUUGCAGUUUUGUUGGAUCAGUCAUGUUUAUUUUGCUACAGUUUUUUUAACCCUCAAUGUAAAAAUUAGUUUGCAGUGGCGUGCAUAAGGUUGUCGAGGGUAUGUACUAGUAAGAAAAUUAGGCAAACUGGAAAAAUUUUUAUUUAAGACGUUCACUGCGGGACGAGGUCAAUUGACCACGUAGGUAAGUAUCACGUCUUCAAGAGGUACGAGGUCGAUGAACCUCGUAUCGCAACGCUGAUUGUUUUAGUACGAGGUCUAAAAACCUCGUACCGCACCAGGGGAAGUACAAUAAAGAAGACAACUCUUAGGGUAUGCAGUACUUUAAUGCAUGUAUGAAGUGCACGCCACUGUUAGUUUGACGUUUGUCAGUGUUAUAGUUGCUUUUGAAUAAAUGCACCACGUGUUUAAUUUGACCACACAGAAAUUAUUUUUGUUUGAAUAUAUUUAUUCAGUUAUUAACCCUUAUUAGCCCACUGGCCGUCCUAUAUAUAUAUAUAGGACGGCCAAUUCCCGGAAAGCCUGAAGGAAGAUAUUUUUUUUAAUAUUUUUCUCAUCCAUUUUUUGAGUAUUAGAACUAAAUUAAACAACUUUUUGUAAAGAUUUUAAUUAAAAACAGUUUCGGGCUCAUCUGGGUUAAUGGGCAAUGAAAGUAAUCCUCUGAUAAUGUCAUGACACAUUCAGUCUAUUUAUUUUAUAAUUCUGAUCUUUAAAAUCAAUAUAAAAUCUAUGCCACUGAUAAACGGUAUAUUAAAUUUCUUUAGACCCUUAAUAUUUUUUUGACUUUAAGCUGACCUAAAAUUUGACCCUUUCUCUGACAAAACUGAGUAAAUGUGUAAUAUUUAAUAAAAAGUUUCUUAAUUUUUAGUUGUACUGUUUAAAAAAAAACUAUUUUAAUGGCGAUUCCAUGAUCCCCAGACUUUUUUAUAGUAAUAAAACUUAUUUCUGCCAAGUCUUCCAAGUGUUUAAACGAGAUCGUAAAAGGUCAAAAUAUUUGGCAGACUUGACUUAUUUUUGUGUAAUUCUAAAUUUUAAUUAAGUAAAUUAUGAUAAAAUGAUGAGUUUAAAUAAUCUUAAAUUACGUAAUGGGUUUGGUGAUCAUGAGAUCUGGUUUCUAUAGGUCUAAGUUUAUAGUUUUAAGUUACUUCAAAACAAACAUUUCGAAUAGAUAUUGUUAUCGGUGCUCAUUUAAAAUAUGCUGCCAAAAAAAAUGUCAUUUAUAUAGAAUUAGACUAUAGGACAUAAUUUCCUGUAUUUUCUUACUACUACUUUUUUUUUUAAUUUCUUGUCUAGACGACUUUUCAGAAGAUUUUUUUUGGCAUAUGCUCUUAAAUUAGAUGGUUUGCAAAUUAUCGUAUUCCAUUCCAAAAAGUUUCCACUCUUUUAACUUGGUUAGUAUUAACUGGAUAAUAAAUAGUGAUACUAGAAAAUUAAUUUAAAAUUAAACACGGAAACUGCUUGCAAGGCAAUUUAAGAUAAAAAAAUGUUUUUAUUAAUAUUAGUUAUUUAACGUUAAUUUGCAUUUAACCCUGUAAUUUGAUUACUUUUUCUUGACAUAAUAAAGAAAAUAUUUUUCAUA